AUGGGUAUCUUCGAGGAAGGUUUGGCUCCAGCAUCUAGUCUUGCCAACACUGCUAGUUCAAGCACCAUGCUGUUUCCUUCAAUAUCAAAUGCUUCUACCUCCACUACUGCUACUGGGCCCUCCUCUACAACUUCAACGACUACCACCACCACUGUCACCACCACCACUACUACUACAGUCACCAGUGGCUUUAUCCUGAACCCAAACCCACUGACAUCAACUGGGAUUAGUAACACUGAACUUCUUACUUCAACUGUUAAUGCAAUAGUAACUCCUGUGAUGACAUAUGGUCAUCUGGAGAGUCUUACAAACAAGUGGAGCCUUGAGCUACAGGAGCAAGAGAACUACUUUCUUCACGAGGUGACCAAGAUCAAUGCUUGGGACCGUGCAUUGAUGGAGAAUGGUGAGAAGAUUACUAUUUUACAUAGAGAAGUGGAAAAAGUGAAGCUGGAUCAGAAAAGGUUGGAAGGAGAAUUAGAUUUUAUCCUGUCACAGCAGAAGGAACUAGAAGAUCUGUUGACUACUUUAGAGGAGGAGUCUGUGAAGGACCAGAGUGGGCUUGUUUAUCUGCAGCAUGCAGAUAUGGAGCGUGAGAAGACUUACAAAUUAGCAGAAAAUAUAGAUACUCAGCUGAAAGGAAUGGCGCAAGAUCUCAAGAACAUUAUCGAUCACCUGAAUACAUUUGAAAAUCCUGCUGACACUACUAACCCGCUUCAGCAGAUCCGCAAAAUUCUGAAUGCUCAUGUGAACUCUCUGCAGUGGAUUGAUCAGAAUACAGGUGGGAGUUUAUUUGUAUGCCAAGCUCUAUGUAUUACAAGUAGAAAAUGUGAUAUAAGUCAGGUUGUGUGCUUCGUGACCACACUCACAUUAGAGUUCAGUUGCAGGAGUGUUGCUUAA